AUGGAAAUCACCAAUAGAAACUUCACCUCUGCGCUGUACAACCCUGAAAGUUCUGAUUAUCAGACCAUGUACAAAGAAGUCAGCGACUUGUGUAAAAGAAGCCAAUGGGAUAACAUCCACAACCACACCACAACCUACGACAACCACAACAACCUCUAUUGCAACUACAUUACCUUCAACAACUACAACUCCUCCCACAACAACCACAAGCGCUCAUACUACAAUAACACCACAACACCAACUACAACAUCAACUACAUUACCUUCAACAACAACUCCUACUACAGCUACAAUAAGCACCACAACACCAACUACAACAUCAACUACAUUACCUUCAACAACUCCUACUACAGCUACAAUAAGCACCACAACACCAACUGCAAUAUCAACUACAUUACCUUCAACAACAACUCCUACUACAGCUACAACAGCUCAUACUACAAUAAGCACCACAACACCAACUACAACAUCAACUAGAUUACCUUCAACAACAACUCCUACUACAGCUACAACAGCUCAUACUACAAUAAGCACCAUAACACCAACUACAACAUCAACUACAUUACCUUCAACAACAACUCCUACUACAGCUACACUAAGCACCACAACACCAACUGCAACAUCAACUACAUUACCUUCAACAACAACUCCUACUACAGCUACAAUAAGCACCACAACACCAACUGCAACAUCAACUACAUUACCUUCAACAACAACUCCUACUACAGCUACAAUAAGUACCACAACACCAACUGCAAUAUCAACUACAUUACCUUCAACAACUACAACACCAACUAUAUUACCUUCAACAACAACUCCUACUACAACCACAACAGCUCAUACUACAAUAAGUACUACAACACCAACUACAACAACCUCUGCUACAACUACAUUACCUUCAACUACAACUCCUACUUCGAAUCCUACUAGAACAUUAGCAAUACCUACAACUACAACACUAUCUACUGCAACUAAAACUGAAAGCACCACAUUACACAUAACUACACCAACAACACAUACCACAAAUACCACAACAUUCACACCUACAACCAAAACAACCACAACAACUGCCAGAGCUACAAAACUUGUAACUACAACAACCACAGCACCUGCAACUACCGCUGCACCGAUAAAUCCAGCACUCACAUCUACUACUGCUAAUACUAUUGCUACAGUCAAAAUUUCGACAACAGCACCUUCAAGCGGAACAAACACCUCUGCUAAUUACACCGUAUUGGUUUCAACCACCAUGCAAACUCCUGAAAACCAUGGUGACAGUUACACAACAGAAAAUCCGACACAUGAUCCAGUGAACUUCACUACAAGUGGAAAGUCCGGGGAACCCCCAACAUCAGGUGGCGGCAGUAGUUCUGUGAGCAGUGACCGGGUACCUGGAUGGGGUAUUGCCCUAUUAGUAUUAGCCGCUGCCAUCUUGUUGCUACUCAUAAUCAUCUUUAUCUUAAUGCUGGUUCUGUGGUGUCGUAGGAAAAGAGAAAGUGGUGACAUGGACAGUCCCCAGGAUCCAUAUUACAUCGAGCAAAAGCAACCACCUCUUCAGGAACAUCUUCCAGAGUACUCACCUCAGACCCCAGUUACACAGAGACCAGAGUCAAUCCCUGUCAUUAAAGACACGCCGAAGAACAACAGGACAGGUUUCUACUCAGUGAAUCCUUGAGAUUCCCUUGAUGAGUGUGAGCCAUCAAGCAACAUUGCAUUUAUCCAAGUAUGAAUGCAACAGGCUGCCUGUCGUACCAAUCACUUGUAUACUAAAUCUGACUUAAAUUGUUAUUAAAUUUGAAUUGAUAAAUCCUGCUCACUAUUGUGAACAUUAAAUGCUCAAACUGAUUGUUAAAAACAUUAAACAUGUACCUAUAUAUUAUGGUUGUAAUGUGAUGUUGGCCUCAGUUAUUAUUUUACCACGUUAAAUUGAAUAGAUCUGUGAUGAAUGUUAUGAUUUGUGUAAAAAACUGAUUGUGAGAAAGUCAUGUGAUUGAGUCAUGCUCUUCACCCACAGACUCUAUAAUUAGCUGUGCUGGGAGCCUCAGGCUAGGUUUGGUGAUCUUUCUGUCCAUGCUUCUUAGCAGUUAAAUAUAUAACAUAAUAAAAUAAAUAAAUAUACUUCUCAUUAGAACAGUGUCAAUAGAUACAAUUGGUGUCACAUUUUAAAUGUAGUUUUAUACAUAUUUAACAUUUUGAAUGACAUUGCCAGAUUUGAGUUAAAUUUGAUCUUUUUAUUUUUCAGAGAAGUUUAAACAGUAUAGUCUAGUCUCUGCUGUUGGUAUACAUUAAAUCACAGAGCCUACAAUAAAUAUCUGUGGAAUUUACGUUACAAUCUUUUAUUUAAAAAGUCCUUUUAGUUUUGAAAUAAAUGGCAAAUCAACCAACUUCAGAAUUAAGAACAGUUAUGUAAUGUGGUGUUGUAAUUCAGAGGAGGUGAGGUGUUUCUGACCUCUCCCACUCUUACAACAGUAGAUGUUAGUCAUGGCUUAAUCAUUAGGGGAUUGUUUUGACACUUACACCAAGGCACUAUGUGACACAAGAGGGCUGAGCUUUGUGUGUUUUUGUACGAACGCAUUACUUUAUUAAACAAAGCCCUCUCAGGCAACAAAAGGUAUGCAUAUGCAAACAAACUGACGUGGGGUUUUAAGUGUACAAUUAAGUAAAUCCACAACUUAAAUGUCACAAAGAAAUACUGUGACUUAAGUGACAAAAUUUUCAGCAAUUAUGUCCAAUUUUGAAAUUGUCAGAUUUUGUUAUUGGUUGCAUUUUCCUCAAGCAGGGAAAGCAUCUGUUUAUCACAGACAGUAAAAGACAUAAUGGAUAGUGUAUAGCAUGAAACUACUAUUAAGAUACUUAUAUUUAUUACACAGUUUUGCUUUGUUUUAUUUUCUCCACAGUUCCUGAGAAAGAAUUUCCAGAAAGCUAAAGAUGAAUAACUUCUGUGUUUUUCUUUAAUGACUGGUCCUCUGUAAGACUUCAGAAACAUAAUCACUUAACAAAUUCAUAACAACUCAGCAUGAAUGUCUGAAUUGUUACCAUAUUUAUUAGACAUGUCAAAUGUUUUCAAGCAUAUGGUGAAUAUUGAUCAAAUGUAAAUAAAUUUGUAAUCUGAAAUAUA